AGUGAAAGAAGCUUUGGGGAGAAGCAGAGAGAGAGAGAAGACUUAUCCCAGCCACCAGUGCUUCCCGGGGUUCGCCGGGAACCCCCAGUCCACAUCAGCAGAGGCCCUUGGAGUGGGACUUGGCUAUAGACAGAGACAUGGCCUCCAGCUGCCAAAUGGGCAGCAUUGACAGCCUGGAGCUACUGGACCUGCUCUUUGACCGACAGGACGGGAUCCUCCGGAACGUGGAGUUCGGGGGCCACACGGCCGGCUGGCCCGGGCCAGAGCAGAGUCAGCUGCUCGGUGCCCAGGAGAACGAGGAUUUCCUCUGCUCCAUCCUGGGCUCGGGGGACUCCGGCUCCGACUCCCCGAUCUGGUCCCCUGCAGCCAGCGACAGCGGCAUCUCCGAGGACCCGAACUCGGACCAGCUCGACAGCCCCCAGCACUACGUGCCCACAGGCAGCCCGGGGGGCUACUCGGAUGGGGGGCCCGGUGAGCCGGCGUACCCCUACCAGGAGUCCUCCCAGGCCCAGUCCGCUCCCAGCCUGCCUGGGGCUGACCUGCGGGAGGCCGAAGUCUCCAUAGACCUCGGUGAGUUCAGGUGUGGAGCUGGAAGGGGUCAGGUGGGCUUGCCCUGCCCCCUGGGAUGGUCCCCCCAGCUGGGAGGGUGGCCAUGUGGCUGGGCUCUCGGAGCAGAACCGGGGGGGGGGGGGGGCAGGGGGCAAGGCGCUUCCAGGGAUAACACGUUGGUGCCAUUGACGCAGCAGCAGCAGCAGCUGAUGACCCCAGUGCUGCUGAGACAAAGUCAUGGGCACUGCCAGGAGCUGGUGCUGACAGAGGACGAGAAGAAGCUGCUGGCCAAGGAGGGGGUCGCGCUGCCCACCCAGCUGCCCCUCACCAAGUACGAGGAGCGAGUGCUGAAGAAGAUCCGCCGGAAGAUCCGGAAUAAGCAGUCGGCUCAGGAAAGCCGGAAGAAGAAGAAGGAAUAUAUCGAUGGGCUGGAGAGCCGGAUGUCGGCCUGCACGGCGCAGAACCAGGAACUGCAAAGAAAAGUGCUGCACCUGGAGAAGCAGAACUCGUCCCUCCUGGAGCAACUGAGGAAACUCCAGACCCUCGUGUUGCAGUCGACUAACAAAGCCGCCCAGACGGGGACCUGCAUCGCGGUGCUGCUGCUCUCCUUCGCCCUGAUCGUCUUCCCCUCCAUCAGCCCCUUUGCCCCCAAUAAAGCGGAGCCGGAAGGUGACUUUGGGCCGGUGAGAGUGUUCUCCAGGUCUCUCCAUAACGCUGCCUCCUCCCGGGUGGUCUAUGCCCUGAUGAAGGACGGCGCCGAGAGCCCCCAGGAGCCAGAGAACCCCGUGUGGACGGAGUACGCCGGCGAGGCCCAGGGCGAGCCCCGGGGAGUCCUCCGCAAAUUCCUCAGCAGCCAGGCGCUCGCCAGGCCCCGGGCAGAGGCUCCCCAGGCCAACGGGACCGGGGCCCUGCCGCAGGACGGACACUCGGACUCGGAGGGGCUGCGUCACGACGGCCCCAUGGCGGCCUCGCUGGCCUGGACAGAGCCCAGCCAGCCGAGCCAGGUGCGGCUGGAGCCGGCCGAGGAGCUGUGAACGCCCCCGGCUGCCUCCCCCGUGCCCGGCCAGCGACGGCGUGAGCGGGAGGGCCAGGACCCCGGCCGGGGGUGGGGGCACUGAUGGGAGUGCUGCCCUCGGGGGCUGCCCGGGGUGGGGUGGGGCAGUGCG